AUGGAUAUUUUGGGAAGCGGUGGAGAGACAAAUAGGUGGGUUGUGGGAAACAUUAUCGCCAGCCUACGAAGUGCUGUAGCAGCAGUAGUUGCUCUCAGCGCUUCAGUCGCCAAUGCUCAAGUGGAUACACUAGCAUACGCUAGUGCUCCUGUCAAUCUGACCUUGUUGCCACAGCUUAUUGCUGUUUCUGCCUACAAUGGUGACGGUUUUGUUGGUGCUCUCCACAGACCUUUGAACACUAGCGAGCCAAAAGCAAGCAUCGCUCUUAUGGUUAUGCACGCAGAACAAGAUUACUGGUACUUCUACCCUUGUACCCAGCUGGCCGCUUGUGGAUACACAGUUCUUUGUGGUAACAAUGCUGCCUCCAAGACUGGGCUCAUGAAUGAUCUUGACUUCCCAGCCAUGAUGAUCAACGUCGGUGAGAUGGUUCAAUGGCUACGUAACCAGACCUACAUCGAGAAGGUCGUUCUCUGGGGUCACAGUAGUGGUGAAGCCAUGAUAUCUGAAUACCAAAAUAUUGCUGAGAAUGGAGUGUCUGCUUGUAAUGGACCUGAGAAGACCAGCCUUUGCUCAGACGGCUUUGCUGGUCUCCCACCUGCCGACGGUGUCAUCUUGCAUGAUGCCAACUACGGUCUUUCCACAAUGGGAUUCAUUAGUCUCAACGCUGCCGUCAAGAACGAAUCCACUGGUCUCCGUGACAUCGACGCAACUCUUGAUCUCUACAGCACCACUGACGGCUACAAUGCCAGUGGUGGAAGCAGCAACUACACUGCCGAUUUCUUAUCUCGUUGGUCCACUGUUGCUGUUGUCCGUAACAACCGUCUCCUUACCUUUGCCCAAGGUCGUGCGGAUGCCAUCAGCAAUUACAACACCUCGUCGUCCUUCUACGACGGAGCCCUCAUGACCACAAUUGGCCGCUACCUCCGAACUUUCGCCACCACGGUCAAUGCCGAUUACAAGAUCAAGGCCGACGGUAUCGACGGUAUCCAAUGGAACUCCUCCCACAUGGUUCCUAUCAACGCUGUCAAGGGUGUUAAGGUCCCGUUCCUUUUGAUUGGUAACGCUGGACAUUACGAGUACUUGAAUGCCGAGAAGGCCUUCCUUACUUCCGGCUCCAACGAUACCUCGAAAGCUUUCGUCGAAGGUGCCAAACAUACCAUUAACCCAUGUACUGAUUGUGAGACAUACCCUGGACAGUACAACAACACUAUCAAGAACGCUUUCAACUACCAGGCUGCUUUGUUGGAGAAGGCUGGUCGCUUCAUCUAG